AUGUCAAAAAAGGCAAGAAAUUAUUCGAAUCGUUUAAUAAUUUUCACCACAGAUCAAUCAAUAAUAACCCCAAAUUCAAAACGAUUAUCUUCAAGUUCAUGUUUUAGUUCUUUGAGUUCACGAAGUUAUAGUCCAUUAACUUCAAAUUCAAGUGGUAAUAGUGCUUUUAGAAUGUUAACACCUAAACAUCAUUCACCAUUACAUACUUCACAUACUUAUAAUGCACGAAUCGAAGAUCCCAAGAGAAACUUUAUAGAUAUUUUACUAUCAUUAUUCUUGGAAGAACGAUUCAAAUGCACUAGAGAUGAUGUAAUUGCCAGACUUUUGAUUGAGUUUAUUGAAGAUAAUAACGAAAUACCUAAGGAUAUAUAUCGAUGGUUAAUGAAUCGUAAAAAUUCACUUCAAUAUAAAAGUUUAUUGGGAUUUUUUUUAUUAUGGGGUAUUGGAUGUAAAAGGAGUAAAAAGAGAGAACUUAAAGCUUUUGGAUUAUUUCUUGCGGCUGCUAAGAAAGAUGUUAUUAUAGCUGAAGAGAUGGUAGGAGAUUGUUAUUAUUUUGGAUGGGGAACUCGAGAAAAUUUAAAGAUGGCAUUUCAUUGGUAUGAAAGAGCAGCAGAGAAUGGAAGUGGACAUGGAUAUUUAAGUCUAGGGUUUUUUUAUGAACAUGGACAAGGAAUUCCCAAAUGCUUAAAUAAGGCUAUUGAUUGUUAUAAAACUUCAGGGAGAUUGGGAAAUAUAUUAGGAAUGAAUCAUAUGGCUAAUAAAUAUAAAAAUGGUGAUGGAAUUUCGCGAAAUUUGAAAAAAAGUAUUUAUUGGUAUAAUAAAGCAUAUAAAAAUGGAUCUAUGGAAGCGGGGACGGAAUUAGAAUCCCUUAAGAAAUUAAUUGAAAGACAAAAAAUAUCUCAAUCGCCACAGAUCAACGGGGUCAACGCGUUAAAUCAAAUAAAAACUUUUCACAACCACAACCUUUCAGAAAUUUGUAAAUACACAUAA